UCUAAAUCUAAUAAUUGAAAACCCUUUUUUUUUUUCUUUCUUGUGGCAAAGCACUUUGGUCUCUUAGAUCUUGACCAACCCUCGGAAAACCCUUUAGAGAAAGAUACAGAGCAAGCAAAGCUAUGUCGUCUCUGCUUCUCAGCCUUUCUUCCAGGCCAUCUCUCCGCAAACUUUCUCUGAGAUGUCACACUCUUCGGAUGUUCUCCUCCUCCACCACCACCAACCCGUACUUGAUGUAUCGUAUGACGCACUAUGGAAGUUCUUUUGAUGAUAUUGAUGUAUCAAGCGAUAUCCACUAUUUUGACCCGGUCAAGGAAGAUGAAGUUAUUGUCCGAGGCAAGGCAUUUCCCAUGGAGUUGCGUGCAACGAGUCUGGUUGGAAUGUCCCAUGGAUGGGGAGUUUACAAUGUUGAGAGUGAUGAACAUAAAGCCCUUUAUGUUAGCGACUACUGCAAUCCUUGUGGCUCCAAGUCAAAUCCCAAAGUCAUUCCUUUGCAUCCCAUGGGUCAACCUAAUAUCACCCAAAAGCGCAUCAUCACUAACGCCGCAAUGACUUGUUCACCUGAUCAAAGGAAAGAUUUUGUAGUGGCUGCCAAUUGUUUAGGACUUGAGAUCAAUUUCUUUAGGCCUUGUGGCAAACCCGAGUACUCUGGUUCGGGCGGCUUUAAAACCCAGUCCCACUAUUUUGAUCUAUCAAAGGUUAUGUAUUCAAAGAGAGAUGACAAGUUCUACACUCCAAGCGAUGGAGGCCACUUCUUGAUUUCCUGGGACUCUUGCUUCGAGGAGAUUUUGACUAUCCCCAAGAUGCAUGAGUUUCGGUUUUGCAACCUUCCUGAGUUGACCCAGUCUGAGUGGGAACUCUUGGACUCAUGUUCCCCGCCUACUGCACACCUUGUGGAGUCUCCCUCAGGACAGCGGUUCCUAAUCAAGUGGUACGCUCAGAACUACAAACCGGGAGAGAAAAUGACAUUCUUGUGUCGCGGAACAAAGCGUUUCAUGGUGUUUAGAGAGGAGGAAGAUAUGAACAUGUGUUACACAGAGGACAUAGGAGAUCUCUGCAUAUUCCUUGGCGUUAGUGAGCCCUUCUGUGUCAAGGCAAUCUCAUUCCCUGGCCUAAACCCUAACUCGAUAUACUUUGCAGGCGAAGGCUUUGGUGUUUACGAUAUCGCCACUAGAAAACCACGUUCCUUCCGUCCCAAGUCUCCCUCAGCCUUCUCCAAAACACCAGUCUUCCCUCUCUGGAUCCCUCCAAUGCCUCUCUAGCUAGUUACAAUAUAUAUAUAUGCUCUCUGAAACUUCACUAGUUGUGCCAAGAUUGUAAGACUAAUUAAUGUCUCCCUGGUUACUAUGCUCUCUGUUCUAGUUUUCAUUGGAGUAGUGUAAGACUAAUUGAAUUUAUCAUUCGAAGUAGUGUAAGACUAGUUACAAUGA